AUGGAACAGCCGCCUUCGCCUCCUCUCGCCUCCCCACCUGCUCCUGCCCCGCCUUCUGCCGUCGGCGUGGACGAAGGCGCUUUCAAAAAGGAGCUCUUCGUCCUCAUCGGAGGCUUCCCAGGCGUCGAAAAGGGCCUUAAAGACUUCAUCCAGCGGAACCCCUCUCCUUCCGAGGCAAAGGCAAGGGCGGGCGGCGAGGAGAGCAUCGCGGUGUUGCUAGCGCGGGCGAAGCCGAAGCUCCCCGAGCUUCCCCUUUUCCUGCCCGGGAUGAUCGUGAUUGUGAAGAACCCCAAGAACCCUUUCCACAUGUACAGUGGGAUCGUGCAGAGGGUCACCGACGAGAAGGCCGGUGUGCUCUUCGAAGGGGGUCAUUUAUGCUGCGGUUUUGCUUAG